GAGCUAGGGUUUAGCGUCGCAGAGCCGAAAGUCGCAGGAAGAGGUUCUGCCUGUGGCAAACGCGGACGAGCUCUGCGAGAGACGGGCAGAAUGGCAUAUUUGGCCCGCUCCGCCGCCGCCGCCGUCGCGAGGUCGGCGCUCCGCCCGGCGCCUCUCGCCGGCCGCGUCUUCGGCGCGCCACUCCCUCCUCCGGCCUCGUCUUCCCCCGCUCGGGCCGCCCGUAUCCUCCGCAGGUCGGCUGCCGCGGCGUCGGCGGGGCUCGAGACGCUCAUGCCGCUGCACACCGCGGUGGCGGGGGCGCGGCUCCGGUCCUGCAUCGCCGUCGACUCCUCCUGCUGGAGCUCGCUCUCCCAAGGUUUAAACAAGCGCAUCUGAUCAUGGCUAGGAGCUGCACAACAGAGAAGAUAUGCUUUGCCUUUGUGACAAAGAGCUGCAUCUGAAGAAACCAAUGAAUAUUAGGAAUUACAGACACUGAGCUGUAAUAAGUUAGAUUCUUGUAAACUGAAGUUGCGUUUAAAGUUCAUUGAUCUUGUAAUCUUAUUCGUUCAUGCUUUGGAACAACAUUUGUUGAUGCUAGAAUUUUGUGGCCCA